AAAUUCAGCCAAGAGUUCCCAGGCUGUCGGCUCUUUUCCGUGUCAAUGGCUAAUGUUUGAUAUGUGCCCUGUGCCUCCUGCCCUGGGACUGGGUGACGGGUGGGGUGCCUGAUGCCUGUGAUCCCCAUUCCCCGGCGGGUCCGCUCGUUCCACGGCCCCCACACCACCUGCCUCCAUUCCGCCUGCGGGCCCGUCCGGACCUCCCACCUGGUGCGCACCAAGUACAACAACUUCGACAUCUAUCUCAAAUCCCGGUGGAUGUACGGAUUCAUCCGUUUCCUGCUGUACUUCAGCUGCAGCCUCUUUACCUCCAUCCUCUGGGUGGCACUCUCUCUCUUGUUUUGCCUUCAGUACCUUGGCAUCCGGAUCUUUCUGCGUUUCCAGUACAAACUCUCCAUCAUCCUCCUCUUGCUGGGGCGAAGGCGGGUGGACUUCAGCCUCAUGAAUGAACUGCUCAUCUAUGGGAUUCAUGUCACCAUGCUGCUAGUGGGGGGGCUGGGAUGGUGUUUCAUGGUAUUUGUGGAUAUGUAAAUAAAACAAGCGCAUGUGGGCCCAGAGGGUGACUUUUCUUCUACCCCAAAAUGUGUCAGUAUCUUCUUUUUAUUAUUUUUAAUAUAAAUUAUUUACCAGUGCUGCUUUUGAUUGAUAAAUGAACGUCCUUGUCUCUAGGAUUUGUGGUUUUUUGGAGGGCUGAGGUGCCAUUUUGAGUAGCAAAGCACAGCUCUUGUUUGGG